AUGUCGUUCGGCGGACAGACACCGACGAUCGUCGUCCUCAGAGAGGGCACCGAUACGUCGCAAGGCAAGGGGCAGAUCAUCUCCAACAUCAACGCAUGCAUGGCCGUGCAGGCCACCAUCAAGUCGACACUCGGUCCGUACGGUGGUGACCUGCUCAUGGUGGAUGAGAAUGGCCGGCAGACCAUCACCAACGACGGUGCGACGGUCAUGAAGCUCCUCGACAUUAUCCACCCGGCCGCCCGCAUUCUCGUCGAUAUUGCCCGCUCGCAAGAUGCCGAGGUGGGCGACGGCACCACCUCGGUCGUCGUCCUCGCCGGCGAGAUCCUCAAGGAGGUCAAGGAGCACGUCGAGUCGGGCGUCAGCGCACAGGUCAUCAUCAAGGGCCUGCGGCGGGCGUCGCAGAUGGCCGUCAACAAGGUCAAGGAGAUUGCCGUCAGCACCGACGAGGGCAACCGCCGCGAGACGCUCACCAAGUUGGCCGCCACCGCCAUGACGAGCAAGCUGAUCAAGCGCAACACGGACUUCUUCACAAAGAUGGUCGUCGACGCCGUCCUCUCCCUCGACCAGGACGACCUGAACGAGAAGCUCAUUGGCGUCAAGAAGAUCCCCGGCGGUUCCCUGACCGAUUCCCAGUUUGUCAACGGCGUGGCCUUCAAAAAGACCUUUGCCUACGCCGGCUUCGAGCAGCAGCCCAAGAGCUUCCAGGACCCCAAGAUUGUCUGCCUCAACGUCGAGCUCGAGCUCAAGGCCGAGAAGGACAAUGCUGAGGUCCGCGUCGAGCAGGUGUCAGAGUAUCAGGCCAUUGUCGAUGCCGAGUGGCAGAUUAUCUACAAGAAGCUCGAGGCGAUCUACAAGACGGGCGCCAAGGUGGUCCUCAGCAAGCUGCCCAUUGGCGACCUGGCCACGCAGUACUUUGCCGACCGCGACAUCUUCUGCGCCGGCCGCGUCGCCUCGGACGACAUGGAGCGCGUCGUGCAGGCCACGGGGGCCGUCACCCAGUCGACGUGCUCCGACAUUCUGCCCGACCACCUGGGCACCUGCGGCCACUUUGAGGAGAGGCAGAUGGGCGGUGAGCGGUUCAACUUCUUCGAGGCGUGCCCCGAGGCCAAGACGUGCACGCUCAUUCUACGCGGCGGCGCCGAGCAGUUCAUCGCAGAGGUGGACCGCUCGCUGCACGACGCCAUUAUGAUUGUCAAGCGCGCCAUCAAGAACAACACAAUUGUCGGCGGCGGCGGCGCGGCCGAGAUGGAGGUGUCGGCGUACCUGCACAGCUUCGCGGACAAGAACAUCCCCCACAAGCAGCAGGCCAUCAUCAAGUCCUUUGCGCGCGCGCUCGAGGUGGUGCCCCGCCAGCUCUGCGACAAUGCGGGCUUUGACUCGACCGACAUUCUCAACAAGCUCCGCGUCGAGCACCGCAAGGGCAAGACGUGGGCCGGCGUGGACUUUCAGGAGGAGGGUGUCGCUGACAUGAUGGAGCGGUUCGUCUGGGAGCCGGCCCUCGUCAAGGUCAACGCCAUCCAGGCCGCCACCGAGGCGAGCUGCCUCAUUCUGGGCGUCGAUGAGACGGUCCGCAACGAGGAGAGCCAGAAGCCCCAAGCGCCAGGGCAAAUGCCGCCGGGUGCGGCCCAACGAGCGGUGCGCGGACGCGGCCGUGGCAUGCCGAGGAGGUAA